GUGAACCCAGCAAGGGUGAGGCUGAGGACUCAAGGAGUUUGGUGAUGGUGCUCAGGAGAAGGGCUCAGGUGACAGGUGCACAGGCCUGGACUGUGGUAAAGGACAUCCUGAGUUUUGAGCGUCUGUGCAGUGGGACAUAAGUAGGAUGGGUGUGAUGGAAUAGGCCUAUAAUGCAGGUGUCCCUAGGCCAGCUGAGAAGCUGGGUGUCGGGAGGUAUCCAGAGACCUGGGCGGCUCCCUCCUACUGCUGAAGUGACUUGAGUCCUUGGGAGACGCCAAAUAGCCAGAGGUCUGGACCCUCCUUAUGAGAUAUCUAGAAGAAUUCAAGGAGGGAGAGGCCUUUGAGUCCAGUCUUAAGAGGACCCCAUCGUAUCCCCUGCCAGGAUCACACCAUCGAGGUAAGUCCAGAUUCCUCCUUGGCCUCUCAGAGCUGCCCUGCUGGCUUCUGCCCUCCUCCUUUGUGUCCCAGGGCUCACUGUGUUCCAACCAUGUGCCUUCAGACCGGGCCUCUUUUCUGUAAGGGGACUUGGCAGUGGCAUUUCUUUUUUUCUGAAAUGCCCAACCUGGUUCUUUUCAGGAUUGUAUUCAUUGCUCCUGUGUCUUUAGAGAGCCCCUUCCUGGUUGCAGUUACUCGUUACCCCGUGCUUCCUCUGUGGAACUUGCCCCCUUAUGUCACUGCCUUUGAUUUGUUGUUGGCUUUCCCUCAUUGGAAUGUAUGGUCUUGCCUGUCUUGUCUCCUGUGUACAUCCGGAGCCUACCAGCUACCUGCUGCACAGUAUCUGUUCUUAAGACUUGCUGGCCAGACAGAUGAGUGCGAGAGGUAGGACUUGAACAGCUGCUGGAAGAAGACAUGUGUUGUUAGCCUCAUGGCAAGGAUCUCACAAGGAAAUGGGCUACACAGGUCUUUUGUCCUCCCCAACUUUAAUAAAGUUGAAGGUGUCUCAGUCUCUUUAGGCUAUUCUAACAAGAUACUUUAGCUGGGUGGCUUCUAGACAACAAAAGGUUAUUUCUCACAGUUCUGGAGGCCAGAAGUUCAAGACAAAGAUACUAGGAAAUCCUAUGUCUGGUGAGGGCUGCUUUCUGAUUUGUAGGUGCACCUUCUUGCUGUGUCUUCCUAGGGUGGAAGGGGCCAGGGAGCUCUCUCAGGCUCUGUUCCCAUGACCUUAUCACCUCUCAAAGGUUCCACCUCCUCAUACCAUCACCUUGGGGUUUAGGGUUUUAACACAUGGAUUUGGGGGGACCACAAGACACUCAAAGGGUUUGAGACAAGUCAUCUUGCUUGUGGAUUGACUAUUCCAUAUUUACAAGUAGAAAUAAUUUGUCUUGAACUGUUGUACAAAUUAAGCUACCUCUCUCUACUUUUCUCUCAGGGUUGGAAGUAUAACACCUGCUCUGAUAUUGUGGAAUAUAUAUUUGGUCUUCCUUCUGCUUGUUGGCAUACAACUCCUCAAGUCCUUGGAAUCUCUGAAGCAAUAGUGUCUUUUCGCAUGUCAGCGAGUCAGAUGGGAGCUGGUCCCCAGAAAGACCAAGGCAGGAUUAGACAGUUGAAACUGUUAGCCCUGCCCUCCAGCUCCCAAGGAGAGUUGAAGGCUGUCAGUCAGUGAUGUCAUCUGACAUGCCUACGCAGUGAACCCUCCCUAAAACCCCAGCAUGGACAGGGCUCAGAGCUAACUGACCACAGGCUCCCAGAGGGUCUGAGCCCAGGUCGGCCCUGGAGGUGCCACCCCCUUACGUGACCUAGUAUCUCCCUCCCCUGCAUCUUCUGUGACAUCCUUUAUAAUGAACCAGUGAAGGCAAGCAGGUGACUCCCUGAGUUCUAGGAGCUGCUUUAGCAGAAUUGUGGAACCUGAGGAGGGUGGUUUUAGGCAGUCAGUCAGAAGUACAAGGAAAACAACUGGGGCCACGAAUGGCAUCUGAGGAACAGUCUUGGGGACUGGUCUGUGAGUUUGUGUUGCGCCCAGGUGGUGGGCAAGGACCCACUUAGAUCAGUGUAUGGUGAACUGUGCUUGGUGCCCAGCAUCCAUGUAGUGAGCAGGCAAGGGUGAGUUUGAGUUGGUGUGUCCUUUCUUUAGACCUCCCUUGCCUGUUGUCCUUGCUGUUCAUUGGGGUACCUCAAAGAGGUUGUUGGGGGAGAGGAGAGAAAAUAAGGACAGGCUCAGGAAAAAGCUCUUCCCUUCUGGGGAGAGGGGACUGAGACUGCAGAGGGGACACAGGAGCACUGGACAUUUGAGGGCAGUGUGGAAUGAUGAACUGCAGAGCGUGGUGCCCAGGGGAGUGUUGAAUAUCUGGUGCUGUUGAAGUGGAAAUGAGAGCACAUAGGCCUGAGUCCUGGUCCCCUUGCCCAGCACUCAGAAUCCAUUCUUUAAACCAGUUAGUGCAUAAAUGAGUGUGCAGAGGGUAGAGGGUGACAUCAGGAGAGAUUUUGUAUGUUUAAGAUGGAAGAGCCUUAAGCAUGUUUAAAAGUAGGCAGUCAUGGUCUUAGAGAGGAUGGCUCACUAGAGGAAAACCCCAGUAAUGGUAAAUUUUGGAGAGUGUCCGCGGGACUGGGCCCUAAAGCAUAUGUGACCACCAGAGUUCACAGGAGGAGACCUGUCCUGGGAACCAGAGCAACAAAGUAUCAGGUAAUUUCCACUGAAAAAGAGGUGAAGUCCAAGGACCCAAUAAAAGCUCCCACAAGGCUGAAGACCAAUCCAAGUGGCAGUUAUUGUGGCAACUUGCUACUGGGAGCAGAUCAGAUAAUUAGGCCACAGAUUGGAUUGUGGCAAUGCAGUAGAAAGGAAUUUCAGGAAGUGUGUGGAGUCAAGGGGAAAGGCCACUGUAGAUUAGGGGAGCAGGGACAGAAAGACCAAGCUGUUCACAUGGAUCGGAAUAGGACUGAAUGAGAUAACAGGGAGAGCAGAGGCCACCAAUGAAGAGGGUGAGGGUGACUUCAGCAUGGGAGUCUGAGUAAAUGGGCACAGUAGGCAGUACUGCUUGGAAUGACCUUGAUGAGCAGGACCCCAAGGAGGGUGUGAUGUGGAGCCCACUCGAGGGCACUUUCUCUUGCUCGUUUGUUUUCUAAUCUUUACCUUUUUAAUGCCUUUGUUAUUUUGAAAACGGAUAGGUAGGAAUACUGGACGUGGUGUAGGAAUUGAAAGCCACAGCACAUUUCCUUUCUGGGAACCAGCCCCAGACCUCAGCACUUGCAUCCCUAGCCAUGCAGUGGCUUAGGGCUGCAGUGUCCAUGCAGUCAUCUUCCAGCUGUUGCUGGUAACAGAGGAGCAUCCCUACUGUGUUUUUCUCUCAUUUCCUGACUGGUUUUCUUUUUCUCUUAUAAGCGGAGGUUUGGUUGCAGGCAGUACUUUGUUUACUGCAGCAGGAAGAAGCCCCUGAGGAUGGGGAGAGGUGCCCUUACUCUUAAGGCACUUUCUGUUUGUUUCCUCUUCUAUUGGUGACAAAUAAAAUAGUUGGUGGCAAUUGAAAUGGGGAUGGCAGUUUUAGUGUGUUUGUAUUUUUGUCCUAAGACUAAAUUUAGGAGUUGCUGGUUUGGUGGGAUUGUUCCUCAUCCCAUUCUUGUCCAACAAGGUUGAGGAAGAAAAUAGCAUAUAGAUCUUAUGCUGAACAAAGCUUGUGGGGGAGUGGAUCUUCCUCCUACUUGAAAAAUGCAGAGCCAGGUUUUCCUGCAUGUUGAAGCAUUAUAGAAUUUUCUCACUUAGGAGUUGGGAACUCUGAUUUUUUUUUUUUUUCCUGUACCUGGAACACAAGUUAUUUGCUUAUGAAUCUGAUUAUUCUGUAUUUCCAAAUGGAAAUAAUUUGUCUUAAUAUUUCAUUUUAAAGAUCAUCACAUAAAAGAUGGCAAUGAUAGGAAAAAGACCUGUUGUACAAAUAACCAAGUCAUUCUACUACUGCAGGAAAAAAAAUUGAAAAUGAACCAUUGAACUUAGAAACAAUGGGGUGAUUUAAGUGUGUGAAUGAAAGUAAAAAUGAAUGUGUUUUCCUUUUCACAUCAUUGUAGUCUCACAUAUUUAGAAAUCAUGAUCAGUGUACUAUUUCCACUUUUUAAUUAACAUGUAAAAGUGUAUAUUUAUGGUGUGCACCAUGAUAUUUUUUAAAAAUUUUUUUUUAGAUGUUGAUAGACCUUUAUUUUAUUCGCUUACUUAUAUGUGGUGCUGAGAAUCGAACCCAGUGCCUCACACAUGCUAGGCAAGUGUUAUACCACUGAACCACAACCCCAGCCCGCACCAUGACAUUUUGAUAUAUGUACACAUACAUUGUGGAAUGGUAGAAUGAAGUAAUUAAUGUUUCCCUUUUUUUAAAAGAAACAUAUUUUUAAAUGAAACAGUAGUGUGCAGGUCUUAGGUUGUAUUGUGCUCUAGGUAGUUAAAAUGUACUUGGUGUAUAUUUUUCUUGAUCAGAAAGAAUGAAAUUUAGAUGUUCUUGUAGACAAAUUCAUUCCUUAUUUAAAACCAGGUAAUCUAUUUGGCUGUGAUAUUGCUGAAAAUGUCUGUGAAUUCAAGCAAACUUUUAAAAACUGUUGAAAGUGAUCUGUGUGAUAUUUACAUAGUACUUAAAAUUUUAUCUGCUCUUCAUGCUGCAUGAGGAUUCUCAGCGUGUCUACUGAGGUCCUGGAUGCCUCAUCUCUCAGUUUCAACACCAGAUUGAAAUGGUUUAUCAUAUGCUUCGUGGCUGGCAUUUUUUUUUCUAUCCUUGGAACUGGAUUGCUGUGGCUUCCUGGUGGCAUAAAGCUUUUUGCAGUAUUUUACACCCUUGGGAAUCUUGCUGCAUUAGCCAGUACGUGCUUUUUAAUGGGACCUGUGAAGCAACUGAAGAAAAUGUUUGAAACAACAAGAUUGCUUGCAACAGUCAUUAUGCUUCUCUGCUUCAUAUUCACCCUGUGUGCUGCCCUUGUGUGGCAUAAGAAGGGAUUGGCCUUACUAUUCUGCAUAUUGCAGUUCUUAUCCAUGACCUGGUACAGUCUGUCAUACAUCCCAUAUGCAAGGGAUGCAGUACUUAAAUGCUGCUCUUCUCUCCUAAGUUGAAAAUCAGAAGCUGCUCCUGGAAAAGCACCUUGGGAUGCUGACAGUCCCUUGCUAGUGAAGCACACUGUUCCUGGUGCAGUGGUCGCUCCAGCACCAACCACAGGACUGCGUAAGCUCUCUGUGCACUGGUCAGACCACACGCACAGCCAGACAGCUAAGUGUGCCUAGCUUUAACGUCGCUGUGUCAUUAACAUACUCUUCCAAAGAUAAAGAGAUUUUAAUCAUUGCCAAUUUUAAGUAAUUUUAGCCAGUUUUUUUAAUCUUUUCAAAACAACUUUUGAAUGUGAAUAUUUAAGGGAGAUAUCUGUGCUGUGAGAGAUACUUAGCUUAUUUGGCUUUUUAAAAAUGUCCACGUUUUUAAGACAUCUUUUUUUUAACUUUAAACAUGUGAAACUUUUUACUAUAAGCUUAAAAUUGCUUAUUACAUGUAAUAAAAAUAAUAUAUAUCUUUAUAAUUUUGAAAUAAACCCAUCCUUGGAAAAAACA